CUCUACCUCAGGGUAGUCCAUAGCCACAAAUGAGAAGAUCAGCUGUGACGAGUAACACGUGUAAAUUCAUUUGAUCUCAUUGCGUCCGAUUGUAACACGUCUCAUACCGCGUGGGUAAAUAGAAAGUCACUGGAAAUCGAUCGGCUAUUUGCAGUAUAAAGAUGACUGAAGAAAUGGAAGUGGAAGCUUUGAAGCAUGUUAAGAAUGAAGACGAAAUGAGCGACGACGACGCGGAUUCCAAGGAAAAUGAGAGCGAUAACGAAAACCGAGAGAAAACAAAGGUAUAUCUUCCAGGGCAGGUUCUGGAAGAGGGAGAAGAACUCGUCGUUGAUAAGUCGGCAUACAGAUUACUACAUCAAGCACAAUCAGGCGCGCCAUGUCUGAGUUUUGAUAUAUUGCCCGAUGAUUUGGGUAAUUCAAGAGAGAAUUAUCCUUUAACUAUGUAUAUAGUUGCCGGAACACAAGCCGCACAAGCUCAUGUUAAUAAUGUUCUCGUCAUGAAAAUGCUUAAUUUACACGGUACUAAGCAGCGCUCAGAAGAUUCAAAGAAUGAAUCAAGCGAUUCAGAAGAUUCAGAGAAUGAAUCAAGCGAUUCAGAAGAUGAGAGCGUAGAAUAUAACCCGGUAAUGCGUGUUGCACCUAUAAGACACCAAGGAUGCGUUAAUAGAAUAAGAUGUGCAAAAGUACGUGAAGCACCUCUGGCGGCCAGUUGGAGCGAAUUGGGGCGUAUAAAUGUAUGGGAUUUGCGAGAACAGUUGAGCGUAAUCGAGAACCCUGGCUUGCUUGCCGCUUAUCGUAACAAGUGCGAUAAAGAAAAAGGUGGGGGCGUUAAGCCGCUCUUCACAUUCAAAAGUCACCUAUCCGAAGGGUUCGCCUUGGACUGGUGUCCGACGAGACCGGGCGAUUUAGCGUCCGGCGACUGUAAGGGCAAUAUUCACAUAUGGCGAAUCGGUAACGACAGUCCAACGUGGCAGAUAGACCAAAGGCCGUUCAAUUCGCACGCACCGCACAGCGUGGAAGAUCUGCAGUGGUCGCCGUGCGAAAAGGAUGUACUCGCGUCGUGCUCAGUGGACAAAACCAUAAAAAUCUGGGACACACGAGUGAGUCCAAACAAGGCGUGCAUGCUGACGGCGUCCGGUGCUCAUCGGGCAGACAUCAAUGUGAUCUCAUGGAGCCGGAUCGAAAGCCAGUUUAUAGUUUCGGGAGGAGAUGACGGGCUGCUUUGCAUAUGGGACCUGCGACUUCUCGGUUCUUCCAACGCAGCAGAUCCGAUAGCCAUCUUCAAGCAUCACUCAGCGCCCGUCACCACCGUGGAAUGGCAUCCCACGGAAAGCACGGUAUUCGCAUCCGGAGGCGCUGACAAUCAGAUCGCGCAAUGGGACCUGUCCGUGGAAGCGGACACCUUGGAAGCGGGGCAAAACGACGAGUUGGCCAAGCUGCCACCGCAGUUGUUAUUCAUACACCAGGGUCAAUCGGACAUCAAAGAGUUGCAUUGGCACCCGCAAUGCCCGGGGACUAUGAUAUCAACCGCACACUCAGGCUUCAAUAUAUUCCGUACGAUUAGUGUGUGAUAAAGAUUCAUGAGGAA